GCGUAAUUUAGAACGAGUUUCAUGUAACAUUGAUUUAUUUAUUUGAAUUUGAUUGAACGAGUAUUCAUUUUUAAUAAGUUGUGUAUUAUGUGAACAGUAACAAAUUUAUUAUUACAAAAUGUGUGAAAAAACCAUAACUUCGACACAUAUGAAAUUGAAAAACAGUCCAGCAGUAAACAAACCGUUUCGUUCAUUAUUUAGCAGUUCUGAUCUGACUCCCAAACGUAAAUCUAACAUUAAAAAUUUAGAACAAGUAAAUUUUAAGUCACAAGCGGAAAAUACUAAACGAAAAUUGUCUCAAGAAAUGAUUGUUAUGAAAAAAAUACCAAGAUUUGAUCUUGAAAAUGAUAUGGAAAACAUAGAAAUUGAUGAAAGUAUGAAUGUAUUUCCAAGUGAUUUAGAAGCAUUGGAAAAGAGAAUAUCGAAGAAACAGAAGGAAAUUGAAAUUUUGAAAAAUGAAAUUUCAUAUUGUAAAAAGAACAAUUCUGAUGAUUUGGAAGCUGAUAUUAAACAGUGGAGAUAUGCUUGUCAAGAAGCUUUAGAGAGACUGCAGAAAGAUUUAGAAAAUAAACGAGGACAGGUAAUGACUAUGGAGGAAAUAUUAUCAUCAUUGGGUAUACCUAAAUCUUUAGUACAUUACUCUACAGAGAAUGAUACAUUUAUUAAAUAAUGAAGUAUCUUAUAUUUUUUGUUAUCUUUCUAAUUUUAUAGUACUUUAUAUACAAUAUUAAAAUUACUAUUUCAUUGUUAAUAAAAUCUAAAGUAUAUAUCCAUAAUCUUAUAUCAGUAUUUAUGUGGUCUUAAUGGACGAUUAGGAUCAAAUAAUGGUGGGUCAUUUAUAUAUCUUAGAUCUUUUGUAAAGUAUCCCAUUAAACCUUAAAAAAAAUUAAUUCAUAUUAUAUUAUAUUUAUAAGAGAAAUGAUUAGUUACCAACAUUUUGGUUCUUAAUAAAUAGCUAAUAAUAAUUAGUUCUUAAUAAAUA